CGUCACUCUGUGGUGCGAGUCUCGGGUAAUGGUGGUUCGGUCUCUCUCGCGGCUCUCCCCGACUCAGUGAUUCUAAAAGUGUUACGACCAUUUACAAGGAAGGAUUAUGUAAAUUUCUGACUCUUUUGAAGCUUUUAGGUAUUUCUCUUGAUAUUGUGAUAUAGAGAUGAUGAAUUUGUAACUAAUAGACCUUGUCAGCGUAUACACACAAUAAUGAUUAUGAUUAAAUGAAGGAUGCAGUGUAAAUAAACGAAACGCGAACAGGAAAACGACACACAACAAAAUAAUGUCUCCCUUGAGAUGUAUCACCCAAGACGAAAAAAAGUGAGAGUGAAUUCCCCGUCGCCAGUGACUUCCUUCACGCGAGGACUCACAAGAACCUACGGACCCGAAUCACCCCGUUUCACUAUCCAAAGAUGAAGAAGCUGGAGGAAGUAUUGUGUGUGGUGUUCAGCUGCACGAUCGUCCUGGCGAGCACAGGUCUUGUGAUGCCUUCGUCAGCGCCGCUCCUUCACCACUCCCAGAUCCUCCGUCAGCAGCAGCAGGCGGAGCGGAAGCAGGAAUUCCUCCAGCGAGGCAGGAGACUCGCCCGAGGCAUCCCCGGCCAUUUCGGAAUGAACCUCAGCGGAAACAGCAGUAGCCCAGUGGAACCUAUCAAGCCCCUGUUGGAUCUGGGGGACGUCGAGGGGUCGCUCACCCUGCCUGCGUACCCUGUCUUCGAUGAGGCGACGCCGACCAACGUGACGGCCAUGACAGGCAACGCCGCCUACCUGCACUGCCUCGUCCACAACCUGGGCAACAAGAGUGUAUCGUGGAUCAGACAGCGAGACAUCCACAUCCUCACGGUCGGGCGCUACACCUACACGACGGAUCAGCGCUACGAGGUAAUCCACUCCCAAGGCUCCAAAGACUGGAUCCUCAAGAUAAAAUACGCCCAGGUUCGAGAUUCGGGCAACUACGAGUGCCAGGUGUCCACAAAGCCCGUGAGAUCUUACACCGUCCAUCUCCAUGUCUUUGCUCCCUUGGCUGAGAUCAUCGGUGCCCCAGACAUGCACGUGGACAAAGGCUCGACCAUCAACCUUACUUGCGUCAUUGCACACAGUCCGGAGCCGCCGGCGUACAUCUUCUGGUAUCACAACGGCAAGGUUGUGAACUACGAAUCUCCAAGGGGCGGUGUAACAGUGACGAUAGAACGAGGCAACACAUCCCGUAGUUCUCUCAUGAUACAGGAAGCCAAACCUCCUGAUACUGGGAAUUACACCUGUGCUCCAUCCAAUACUGCUCCAGCUUUCAUACACGUACAUGUACUAAAUGGAGAAACCCCGGCAGCCAUGCAGACCAACAGGGGAGUGGCCAUCGCUGCCCCGCCCAUUGGACACGCCCUCCUGACAUGCCUUUUGAUGGGCGUGCAUCUCGUCUUCCUCGUCGAGAAUCUGCUCCUGCCAGGAACUUUCAGAGGAGGUGGAGACAGGACGUAGGCUUAUACCAUUGCCUAUAUCCCUCAUCAUCAUAUAGGCCUAUACUACUGGAUCUCCAUCUACUGUCUCUGCUAUGACGAUGGGUCGUCGCCUUUACAUGUACAAAUUACACAAUGAGUAACAUUGUAAGGAUAGUAGCUAAGUGAGUGCGUUUCCUUGUGUGUUCUCAUGGCAAGUUAACGCUCGGUGGAGAGACGUGAUGGGACUUUUUUUUGCAUACAAGGAAGGAAGGAAGGAAGACGACAUUCGCUUUGUUUACCUUUAGAACUCUUAGUGCACGUUUUGUGGUUCUUGGAUCAUCGAUACUCUCUUGUUUCUUAGACUUUGCGACACGUUCACAAAACGAGGAAGUUAUUAAUAGAGCACGUCCUACAGAAGUGAGGAUCCGAAAAUAUAGUUAAUUCAAGUGGAAAUAAAAGUAAUAUCCUUCGAAUGCUAUCUCGGAAUAGUUACAUAAUGAAUGUGCCGAGAUUAGAACACAUUUCUGGAGCAACACCAGAGGCAGAGAUUUUGAAAUUGCUUCUCUAGUUGGCAUUCAACUUGAACACAGAACUGAAGGCUAAAGUAAAGACUUCUAACCUCUUUUACGCAACGACUCAUACUGCCAUCUAAAGAAAAAACAUACAAUUAACAGAGACUUUCUUCGCGGCAAUACCUUGUUUACAGGAGAUACCAAAAUAAGUCCGUGCGAGAAGCAAAUACCAGGGAGAUGAACACUUUUUCCCUGUUCUUUUUCAGAUUUCGCAGAAAGAAAUAACACUAAUUAUUCUUCAGUGAAAGUAACCUAUAUUUGUUAAACAAAGGAAACAGUUAUUAAUGCUAUCUGGCUCGUAUUCACAAGAUCCGGGUCACACCUCCUCCUCCCCCCCAAAAAAAAACAACCUAGUUAUGUGUGUCUAAGAAAUAAUGAAUAAGUUAAUGAAAAACAAGGUUACUUUUUCAGGAACAAGAUCAUUAGUCCUAUUCUCAAAAAAACAAAACAAAAAAACAUAUAAGCCAGCAUAGAAAAUAUGCGUAAAAAAAUACAAACAAACAGAAAGGACGAACGUUUUUUGGAUCUACAGGACGAUAAAAAAAUAUAUGUAUCAAUGGUACUGGAAGACGAGUGAUAUAUAACAUUUCGUGUCUUCUAGCUGUGUUCUGUCGCCCAGAAGCCGAUGGGGAUUUCGUAGAAACGUUUUAAAAGUGUGCGUCUUCGGUAUUAACUUCGGUAUUAAUUUCAUGUAUGUAGAUUAAUGCU